AUGGAGGAAGCCGAAUUGCUGAAAGAAAGAUUCCAGGCCAUAACAGACAAAAGAAAACUGCAAGAAGAAAUUACACAGAAACGUCUAAAAGUGGAAGAGGAAAAAAUGAAACAUCAACAUUUAAAGAAAAAGGCCUUGCGAGAAAAAUGGCUGUUGGAUGGCCUUAGUUCUCUGACUCCAAAAGAGCUAGAAGAAAUGCAAAAGCAGAAUCGGGAGGACCAACAACGGACUCAUGAGCUGGAACAAGACAUUUUCAGACUGGAGAAGGAAAUUGAGGCUCUGGAAAGAGAGGAAAUGGAAGUCUCAGCUAAGGAAGAAGCAAUUUUAAAGAAACUUAAGUCUGUUGAGAAAACAACAGAAGACAUAAUAAAGUCUGUGAAGACUGAAAAAGCAGGAGUCGAAAAAGAGGCAGCAGACUACAUAUACGCCAGCAUACCUGACCUUCCUAAGUAUUUCAGGCCUUCCGCGCUGAAAAGUACAGCACAUGCCGCCAGCGAUGAUGAAGAAAAGAGAAAAGCAUUGUUUGCCAUGGAAAUUAAAGUUGAAAAAGACAUGAAGACAGGAGAAAACACAGUGUUAUCAACAAUACCUCUUCCCUCCAAGGAGUUUAAAGAGACAGGAAUUAAAGUCUAUGAUGAUGGCAGGAAGUCAGUCUAUGCAGUGUCCUCAAACGGCAGCACAACACAGAAUGGGAUGGAUGAACUUGCUCCUGUUGAGGUGGAGGACCUGCUACGACAGGCAACUGAAAAAAAUUCCCAGUCUCCCACAGAGUACCAUGAGCCUGUGUUUGCAAACAAAUUUUGCAGGCCAGUUACCCCUCAGAAAGAUAAAUUAGUCCCUGGACCAAAACUGGAAGACACUCACAGAAGAGAGAUGAAUGGAUUUAGCAAUCAUCAGACAGAAUUGUCCCCAAAAACUGAGCCACGUAAAGAGAAUGGGCUUGACCUUCCAAAGGCAAUACAGCCAAAGUCUCCCUCUCCAGUACUUUCCCAUUCAGAGAAGAAAGUGCACACUAAUCCCGAGAGCAGGAUGAUACAUAAUGAAGAAAGAAAAGCUGUACACGAGGAAUUAAAACCUUACCAGAAUACAAGAGAAAGACAUAAUGAGACAAGGCUUUUAAGUCCCAGCCAUCUUAAUGAACCAUCCCCUGCACCUCAAGACGAGGAAGGUGUUCAGUACAGCGUUGUCCAAGCUGUACCAUGUUAUGUGGAUGAUUCAGAACCAGUAACAAUGAUUUUCAUGGGUUAUCAGCGCGUUGAUGAUGAUGAUGCAGAAGCAAACCAAAAGUUGUCACGAUACGAUGGGGUUAUCCAUGCAGAAUUAGUUAUCAUUGAUGAUGAUGAGGAAGAUGACAGCAAAUCUGAGAAACCAGCAUAUCAUCCCAUAGGCCACUAUAGUCAGGUUUAUCAGCCACUGAGCAGGAAAAUCACAGAAGUCCCACAGACAAACCCUGUGAGCAGCCUGGGCGCCAGCCCGAACAAGGUACCCCACAAAAAUUCCAUCUCCCUGCAAGAACAAGAGGAACGCUUAAGCUCACCGACACACCGUGCUCAUCUUCACAGCCAGGUAUCUGGAGACGGUACUGAAGAUCCCUCACUAACAGGUAACAGAAAAGGAAAAUCAUGUCACUGCUGUUUGCUCAUGUAGCAAACAGAUACUACUCUUACCUGCUAGCAACUGAUCCACUUCACUCUUUGGAUUGUUUCAUGGACUAAUACCCAAUUACUAAUCAUGUCUUCCCUCUUGUUUGUUAACAAACGCCAAUCCGCAUUUUGGUACUGUUGAAUUAUUUCAUCUUGAGCAAUGCACUAGUUGCCAUAUCAAAUUUGGAAAAUCAACUAUCACGGAAAAGCCAUUUCUGUGACCUUCAAAGAUUAAAAGAGGUCCUCUCUCAAGUGACAAUUAAAAGUUCAUUAAUGCUACCUCAACUAGGAGAAUUAAUUUUCAUUUCUACCAGGUAACUAACAGCAUUGCUGCUUAACAUUGUCUCCUUGCUGGAAUGUUUUUUGUGCCUAUCUGCAUUCUAACUACUUCCUAGAUAAUCCAAAUUGCUCCUUCAAUCAGAAAGGCUGUUUAAUAACUAGCUGUACUUUGCAUUUUUUCUGGAAUCAGCAUUGCCAACCUUGCCUUGACAAUGUUUAUGCAAGUUUUAACGUUUUUUGUUAACCUGAGUUAGAUAUUUUUAUAGCCUCUGAAAAGCAAUGAAACAGCUUUCAUCACUACAUGUGGUUAGUCCAUAUAGUUCACAGUGUUAUUUUUUAAUGCUUUUUAUAUUCUAUUAAUACUCAAGGUGUCUAUUUCUUACUAUAAAGUUUUAUAAUAAAAGGCUGAAAGAACAAUAGCAGGAUCUUCUGGAAUCACCAAAAGCUCUUCUUUAUGAUUUUGUUGCACUUUAAUGCUUACAAUUAAAUUGCAUUUAAGUAUAUUUGCAGAGCAGCAGAUUUCAGACAGCAGUCACAUUCCACUUCAAGGAAAGAACACUGUGCUUGAACUGUAGGAAGAUCAGGGGUCCUGAUCCCACAUUCUCUCCCUGCUCCUCUUCCAGACUAUAUUCUGAGUAAUUUUGCGAUUUGGCAGCAAAAGCAUAAGUUUGACCCUGCCUAAAGCAGCACUGGCAGCCCAGCAUCUCUUUACAAUGCAGGUAAAGCCAGGAGAGAGGGUGGUCAUCGGGUCACAUAAGGGGUUUCAGGUAUUUUUGCAUCAGUAUGCACUGACUGGGAAGCACCGUUCAGUAAGUAAUGUUCUCAGUUUACAGGAAGAUCAGCCUCAUGCAGUCAUGCACACAACAGCCUCAAAUAUUCCAGCAGUGCCGCCCAGCCUUUCUGAUCAAUGAGGCCACUGCACUUUUCUAUCACAUGAGAGGAUCUUUGCUUCUCUCCAGCACCAAUCCUGCCAUCUGGGCGCUUCCCUGCAUCCUCCGGGAUGAAAGGCUGCUGCCAGCAACUCUCACGCCAGCAGCUAAGAGCAGAAUUAGCUGGUGCAGGCAAGAUAAACCACUCCAGCAACUGCUCCAGCCCAUUCUGUUUUGAGGAUAGUCCCUUAAUUCCCCCAUCACGUAUGUAUACGCAUAUAAUGGAGAAGCAACAGUCACCCACCCGCCAGCUGGUUGCUGCUGAAGCAAUUCAUUCAUCCUACAGCCUGCCGCGUGCGUGGGUGCUCCGGAGCAGAUGCUGGGAAAGAGGUUUCCCAGAAGUAACUGUGAGCUGGCAGUACCAUUCGGGUGGGCCACACACAGGCUAUGAGAUGGUAGCUCAGCACCUCUGUCUGGAACAAUCUUUGCUUAUCUUUGCCUCCUGAAAGAAGGAUCUGAAACAUCCUUUAUUCUUCCUUGCCGCUCAUAGCCACUCUCCAAAUAAUCCGUGUUCUCUCUCUUGGGAGGUUAGUGGAAAACAAACACUGGCUUUCAGGGAAGGGGGUAAGCGUAAAUCUACCAAAUACAUUUGAGAAUCUGUUCUGUUAAUCUGUAUUUGGUCUUACCUAUUUACUUACAAGUAUUCUACCAAGGAGAAAAGAGCCAACUAGGAAAAAUACGGUCCCAAUUAAAAGUAGUUUGGCAACUGCCUCAGAAAUACACCCCAACAGUCAGCCCUGCCUCCAAGUGAGUGCCUUAAAUGCCUGGUAGAAUCUGGAACUAAGCCAUAUUCCUCUUUACCCCUCCACCUAUUUAUUGCCACUCCCUGGGACAUUUUGAUCAGUGGAAAAAGCCAGGAAGUGACUCAGUUUUUCCCAAGCAGUCCUGUAAUCCUACUGCGACUUCUAAAAAGGAAACAAAACCAGGAAAGCCUCUUAAAAUCUAGAACAAUGUAUUACACAGAGCUGUUUCUUAGGGAAAUAAAUUGUUUUCAAAGCAGCCACUGAUGCCCAGCCUAGCAGGUUCACCCUAAACACCACCAGUGAAAAAAGGGCACUCGAAAUUAUUUUUGAUACCUCCUCAUUCAUUACUAAAACAACAAACUGCACAACAGAAAAAAUAAUCCUUGCUAAAAUGAAAGCUUUGAACAUUAAACAGGCACUGGGGACUCUCUGAAAGAGAACGGAGAGCAAGGAAGCACAGGACAGACCAGGCAGAUGGUCCCUGGUGUAACCGUCUUGCUUUGGGAAAAACAUGAGCCUUCAGAACAAGUUACUGAGAAAGUUAGUGAUAGCCAAGGACAACUAGGAGGCAGAGGAAUUGUUCCAUGUGCCACUCUACACAGAAAAAUCAGAUAAAAUUAGGAGCUUUGGGCAGGCCCCCAAACUGACAGAAACGUAGGACAUACCUUUUUCCAUAUGGGAGCAAUUUUCCUUUCCCCAUGAGCUUGGUGCAGGACCAGUAUCUCAAAACUAUGUGCCCUCAGAAAAAAACAUACAGCUUUGUCAUCCUUCUCUCUGUAAUUAGGACACCAGUGCUUUGCAUUAUCAGAGCUUAUUUUCUUCGUUAAAUUUCAGUCAAAUGAAUUAGUGUGCAAAUGUUUUGAAGACUCAAUACUCAUUAGGGAAAUUAAAAGUCCUUGGUGGGGAACAAAGGCAUAGUGGAAGGAAAAAGGAAAGAAAAAACUGAAGCUGAACAGGCAGUAAAACCUCCUGACAGUGUGGAACAGGCUCUCAUGGGACACGAAGGUCCAAGGCUUUUGGCAGGUAGCUAAUCUAGAUGAGCUAAUUUUUUUUUUUUUCCUUACCACUGGAAGCUGUGCAACCUUCAAAAAACACAGUGGAGACUUAGCUCCAUUUGUGUCGAAGAAAGUAACGUACAACAAAACUUUUUAAUAGAGAAAGAUUCAUGCACGCCAUCUGUUUCUGUAACGCACGGAGCAAGACAAAACCAGGCUGUUGGCUGUAAGCGAAGCAUCAGACUGAUUGUUCUCUCAAACCACAGCCAGGACUUGAAUCCUGCAGAAUUCCUUGGUCUGCAAGCAGUACGUAGGGUCUUUGUAAGAGCUAAGCUUAACAUCAGUGGCCCUAUGAUAUAAAGUUACGUUCAGACGCUUCUCUGAUUUGCGACAACUUCAGCAUUCAAAACAUAACUCGGGUUGGACAUUUGCUGACACGCAUAAAUCAAAUAAACAGCUGCUUUGCCCCCCCCCGUCUCUCGGUACAGAGAUAUACGCAGGAUGAAGGAACGAGACGUGCUAUUUUGGGAGACUCUUCAAGCUAAUGGGUCAGAGGGCUGGAGAUUAUUCCCACUGCAUUCUCAGAUCAGCUCCGGGGGGGGGGGGAGGCUCUUACAUAUCAAACAGCAGCAUUAUAUUGCUGUUCUAAAAAUAACCUUAACAUUUAAUCAUCUGCCCUGCGCUGUCACUUCCAACCUAACCCACGAUAUACCCGGUUACAGGCAAGAGCCACACUGAUGUUUAUACAGAUACUAAGUGCCUCCGUCAGACUCAAAUCAGGAAUAUGACUAACUCCCACUCUGACUCACCCCACCAGGAAGAGAGGAAAGUUUUCUGUGAACAUCAACACAAAAGAAAAAGGCUUCCAAACAGUUACAGCUCCCACUGAGGAGUUUAGUUUAAACAGAGAGUUUGUUUAAUUAUUCAUGCAUCUUUUUAAUCUGUCAGCAUCUAGUCAAGGACAAUACCAUCUGUCUGCAACACAUUAGUGAAGGUAACAGAAACAAAACAGUUAGAAAGGAGCUGCGCUCAUUUUCAAAUAGCGAUAACGGAGUAAUUUCUUAAUACACUUGCUUUGUUGCAAAAUUACCAGAACUAAUGCCUUCUACUGAUUUCUUUUUGUAACACUAAAACAAUGCUUAUUCUGCUGGACUAACGCCGGAGGUACGUGUAUUCUUCAUUUUUCUAAAUAAGGAGAUUUUAGCAUCAGCGAUAGAAAGUCAGGCUUGAAAUGCAAUGGCUUUAUUUGUUUUCUUUUUUCAGCUCUGAGGAUGAGAAUGGCAAAGCUGGGGAAAAAGGUGAUUUAACAGCUGUAAUGACAUGGAAGUAAAAUUUACUACUCAAAGCAGAAUAAAGCUAAGAAGAGUUUCUUCAACACACCUUUUUUGGAUCAUAAUGCUUGUUUUGCUCCUCUGUUGUAUGCACCUGGGUUAUUUUGCCCUCUGCAUAAUCCAAUGGACUUUAACAGACUUUUAGAUUUGACCAACUGCCACAUACACCCAAAUCACAUCCUGGAUUUUGCUGAAAGUAGUGGAAAGUUACCCAAGACAAUAAAUGCAGUGUAUAGCCAAGUACGAAGACACGUGCCUGUUCCCACAAUCAGGAAUACGUUGUUGCUAUAUACACACAGCAGAUAAACACCUAUCUCCAUGGAACUUCACAGGACAUUGUUUCACUUCAAAGCGUGCCAAUCUACCUGAUUUUGAUUGAAAAUGCCAUCCCAGCAUUUUUCUGGUAAAAGCAUUGGUUAAUAAAAAAUUACACAUGAGAGAGAGGAGCAGGAAGAAAUGUAAAUAUAAAAGCUGGUUUCCAAGCAUACCACUUUGGCCAAAAUUUAAAGCAUUCCUUUUUAAGUGACAGCAAAGAAAACCAAAAAUAGUAAAGUCAGCAUUUAAAUAUUUAGCCACCUUUUAGAGCCCCACAGCCCCCCCCUUAUAUUUUACGUAUGACAGUAUAGCCAUCCUCAGAGCCUGCUCCCCCCCCCCGCCACAUACACGCUGCCCAUCCAUAACCUCGCAGACUGAUCCUGUGCAUAAGACUAUGAACAGCCUGACCUCCCAAGCAAGGUCUCACCCCCUAGCUUGCUCAGAAAGCCCUGCUUUUCCAGGAAACCCAUUGCCGGACAGGCAGUGCUUUUCCAUCAAAAAAAAAAAAAAAAAAAAAA